AUGUCGACCAACAUCUUUCGGGACAGUUAUGCUGGCGACAGCUCAGAGCGCCACGGCGAGCCAGCAGCUAGCUCGACAACGAGAGCGAACAAGUCGAGCUUUUCAAACCUGCCCGGAGGAGGCAAAGCGAUCUUUGCCUUUGUUCUCAGCCUGUUCGCAUACACGUUGCAGACCGAGUUUGCACAAUACGUCCAACAGUCGCUCAACUACAGAAAGCCCUUCUUUUCGCUUUACCUCGGACACAGCAGCUUUCUGCUCCUGUUCCCUAUGCACCUCCUCUAUCUCAGAUGGUCUACAGGGCGACCCAUUACGCACUACCUUCAUCUGAUCGCACAAAACAUCAGAUGGCAGCUCGACACACCCGCGUCCACCUUGCCAGAUCCACGCGCAGAUGCCGUCCGUCAACGGCUCAGUCAAGCUUUAGGGAGGGGCAGCUGUUCAAGCGGCCACGACUGGGAUGAACAGCCUUCAGAAAGCUUGAGACGACGGCCAGCUUCGUUUCUCGAGCAACACUUCGGAUUCAACGUGAUUCGUCUUGCGGGUCUCUUUCUUAUUCUAACGAUCGGCAUCACAGUGCCCGCUCUCAGCUGGUACUGCGCAGUGCCCAUGACGUCGAUGGCCGAUAUCACUGCCAUCUACAACACUUUUUCUGUCUGGGCGCUCGUCUUCUCGGUCUGGUUCCUUGGCGAAAAGUGGGAGAGGAGAAAAGUGUUCUCUGUUCUGCUGGCAUGCUUGGGUGUCGUUAUCGUUGCUUACGGCGGUGCAGACCACAGGAAGGUGCCCAAGCCCAUCGAUCCAGUGCAUGGCAAGCCUCCAACGAAGGAUGACCCCGCAGAGCAGCUCAUUAGACGCACGAUCCAGUCUAUCCUCGCUCGCUUUACGAAGCGGCAGGAUUCGUCCGAGCCACCGGUCAGCAGCGCUCACAAUCCUGUCUUGGGCGACUUGCUCGCAUUUGUAGGAGCAGUGACUAUGGCAGCCUAUGAAAUGGCCUUCAAGCUCAUCGGCACGCUUCCAGACGAGCAAAAGCAGGCUGAAAUGUAUUCGGCUGUUCCCGGCGGCCGCAAUCGUCGCUCGCGGAGCUACAUUCGCUAUCAAGACGCUGACGCUGACGAUGACGAUCACCACCAGCGUCACGAAACAGAAGGGCUGUUGCGGUCUUCUCAAACCGAUACACAGCAUGACAACGUCAAGGGCGACCUCAGUACACUGAGCACCGACGAUGUUGAAGCGGCUCAUCACGUUCUUGGCGAUGACGAGGCGGACAACCUCAAGACCUCUAUCGAGGCAAGGAGAUACUCGACGGUGGUGGACAGGUUGAUAGACCAAGAGCGUCAAGACUACCAGAGCAUCACUCCCCCCUCGGAGCCGUCGACACCGCUCCAGCAGGAAGAUGGAGGAAAAGCGGCCAAAGCGGCGGCAGACGAAGUGCGUGUACAUGCCAAGUCUGUCCGUGUGUCCAAUGGUCAACCCAAGGAGCACGAUCUGGACGACGAAAGCCAGGCGACCGAAUCCGAGCUAGACGAGGACGAAGAACGACAAGUCCUUUCUGGCGCUACUCGGCUCCACCGUACGCGCUCGCACCUCUCGACGCAUCAACUCUCUGCGCAUGACACCCUGCGUGCAUCUUCGGACAACGCUAGUGCAUCACGACCAGGACCCAGCCGCAGAACCUCGUCCUACCGCACCGUGCACGACCCUUCCAUCCCACCUCCUCUCCCCUUUGGCUUGCACGCUAACGUUAUGACAGCCGGCAUCGGCAUCACCACCUUCACAACUUUCUGGAUUGGUCUCAUCAUCGCACACCAGCUCGGAUGGGAACGUUUUGAGCUGCCGCACAACCUGCGCACUUGCGUUUCACUCGCACUCGUCGGAAUAUCUGGAAUUUUCUUCAACGCGGCAUUUAUGAUCUUGCUUUCGCUUUGGGGUCCUGUGCUGGCGUCGGUCAGUUGUCUGAUGACGACGAUCCUCGUGGAGAUAGCUGAUGUGCUACUGGGCCAUCGGUUGAAGUGGAUUAGCGUGCUGGGGUGUACGUUCAUCGGUGCAGGCUUUGCCGUGCUUGUAGGGGGAGAUUCGAUUCACUAA